AUGGGUGCACUUUUGAGUUGUCACUCUCUCGUCUCGUCUAAAAGUGUUGCCGAGAGACGACUUCUACAGACGUGGCCUCGCACAGCCUCUGCGACUGGCCCUCGUCGAGUGGCGUCGUGGAGCGCCGGCAGCAAAGGCCUCGCGUCCGAGCCGCGACGGAAGCUGCGCGACAUGACGUUGAGGCGAUGCCGCUUGGCUGCCUCGGAAGCUGACGAGAUCUUCUUCCCGAUCCGACGCGCAGCGACAACCUCCGUCCCUCCGGAACCGGAGGCAAGGCGGACCGGUUCGAAAGGGUACGUCGAAACGAGCCAAGCAAUGCAGGACACGAUUCUGGCUGCUUGCGCCCGGCUCAAACGAAAGGAAGAAAGCGGGGCUCGUGCACGGGAACCUCUCGAUGCUUCUGAAAAGAUGCGCCGACUGCUGCUCGGACAAAUCUAG